AAACGCGUACGCUCGCAGCCUCCACUCUUCAGUUGCACGGUGCACUUCAGUUGAUAGCAGUUGGCAAGAGGUUGUAGAUGAGAGUAGAGGUCCGCGCGAGCACAAUCCGUCAAUUUAAGUUGAUGUUUCAUUUGGGAGCACCUCCCUCAACAUGAGGGUCCGUACCUGACUUUGGAUAUUGAACACAGGCCGCCUGUCGCUACAAGUUCAUUAUCCAUUCUCCAGAGUUUCGGCAGAACAGAACUGGGCGCAAUUACGCACGCCGAGUACCAUCAUGGCACCGAUUUUGGAUAGACGUGCUCCGGCUUUGCUCUUGGUUUGGAGCUACUGCGUCUUGGCGGAUACCGCUUUCACGAACUUUACUUUGGACAACGAGUUCCACUCGAGUUUCAUCCACCGUCGGCUGAAGAGCCAGGAGCGCAGAGAGAUGCAGCGGGAGAUCCUUUCGAUCCUGGGGCUGCCGCACCGGCCGCGACCCCACCUCCACGGAAAGCACAACGCUGCCCCGAUGUUUAUGUUGGACUUGUACAACGCCAUGUCCACAGAAGGGGACGAAGACAGAUACUCGUACCCCUAUAAGCCCGUCUUCACCACCCAGGGGCCCCCAAUAGCCAGCCUGCAAGACAACAACUUCUUGAACGACGCAGAUAUGGUCAUGAGCUUUGUCAAUUUGGUGGAGCACGAUAAGGAAUUCCUGCCAGUGCGGCGGCAUCACCGAGAGUUCAGAUUCGACCUGUCGCGGAUCCCAGAGGGCGAGGCGGUCACUGCUGCUGAGUUUCGGAUAUAUAAAGACUUCAUCCACGAACGUUUGGAUAAUGAGACUUUCCGCAUCAGCGUUUACCAGGUGUUGGAGGAACACUCUGAUAGGGAGUCGGACCUGUUUCUGCUGGACUCUCGGGUGAUCUGGGCAGCAGAGGAGGGCUGGUUGGUGUUUGACGUGACAGCCACCAGUAACCACUGGGUCCUGAACCCUGGCAGGAACCUGGGUCUACAGCUCGCUCUGGAGAGCACAAAUGGAGAGAGCAUCAAUCCUCGUGUGGCCGGGCUGAUUGGCCGCAGUGGGCCUCAGAAUAAACAGCCCUUCAUGGUGGCCUUCUUCAAAGCCACAGAGGUGCACCUGCGAAGCAUCCGCUCAGCUCAAGGGGGGGGCAAACAGCGUAACCCCAACCGCUCCAAAGGGACAAAAAGCCAAGAGGCACUGCGAGUGGCCAAUGUUGCAGAGAACAGCAGUACUGAUCAGAAGCAGGCGUGUAAGAAGCAUGAGCUCUACGUCAGUUUCAGAGACUUGGGGUGGCAGGACUGGAUCAUCGCUCCAGAAGGUUAUGCAGCGUACUAUUGUGAGGGAGAGUGUGCCUUCCCACUGAACUCCUACAUGAACGCCACAAACCAUGCCAUUGUGCAAACCCUUGUUCAUUUUAUUAACCCGGAGACGGUCCCUAAACCUUGUUGUGCCCCCACACAGCUCCACGCCAUCUCUGUGCUCUACUUUGAUGACAGCUCCAACGUCAUCCUCAAGAAAUACCGCAACAUGGUGGUCAGAGCUUGUGGCUGCCACUAGACUAUCAGCAUUUCACAUAGAGACACACACACAUAUGCACACACGAACACACACACGAGUAGAAAGGGCUUCUUCUUGCUGUCAGGCACCAUUUGCAACACGGAGAACGGAUUACCAAACAUAGGACAUGUUUUCCAUAAACUCUCUGAGAGUUUAGGACAGUUUCCUGUGUGGAAGAUCCUCUCGUGACAUUUUCAAGGUUGUCCUGAAAUAAGCACGAUGUUGUGUGGCUGAAAGGGAAUUUUAGACUCCUCGCCACAACUGCACACACACGCACAAACAAACACGCACACAUACACACUCACGUUUGUGCUUUCUACUGUGUAUACAAAACAUAAAAGCAGUGAUUGUACUGUAUAUUCAUUCACAGUCAACAAUCUUUUGUUUAUUUCCAUAAUUGUUAUUGUAGUUGAUUCUUUUACUGUAGAUUUUAUUAUAUAUAUAAAUAUAUUUUUAUGACUGAGAGACCCGGAUGGAUGUUUUGGAUUUCCUCUAUGUACAAAAACUGUGUAAAUAUUUCUUUUUUCAAACAAAGCAAGAAGUGUAUUUAUUUCCUAGAAUGUCACUUGGGUUUGUGUUUUCUCCUGUAUGUAAUGCUGCCUGUUUUCUUUCACACACACAAACUCUGAGGAAAACAAAGUUGUCAGAAAACUGCUUUGACACGAGCGCUGAGCUCAAACUCGAUGUGCCUCGCUCUGCCUCACGUGUACGCUACACGCUGACGGCGAGAGGCAAUUUAUGACAACUUGGACCUGCGGAAAUGUCUCCAUAUUUCACGAGUCGAAGCUGCUCCAUAUAUGACGCACAUUUUUAUAGCAACACUCAGCUGAACUGUCAGAGAGCAAGCUUUGUACGAAGCAUCUUGUUUUCGGGUUUAUAUUCCUCUGCUGUAAAACAAUCUGUCAUAUUUAAAAGGUCUAUUUAUUGAGAGCUGGCUAAGAUGUUCUACAUUUUCUCCGAUGUGUCAACCAUGUUUUACUGCUGAACUGGUACAACAAUAAACUGGGAGAAAAGCAAAGAAAAAA